AUGGCUAUAGUGGAGGGGCUUCUCAUGCAGGCUACCAGCACAGGUGUAUUACUUGGUGCUGUUGUGCUUCUUGUAGUUGUUUAUCUUCUUUUUGCUGGCAGCUUUAAGGAAGAGCCGAAUGAGCCUCCAGGACCCAAACCCCUGCCUCUCCUGGGGAACUUGCUUGAGCUGGAUUUGGACAGACCCCAUGAGUCCCUCUGUAAGAUUGCCAAGACUUAUGGAUCUGUCUUUAAAGUGUAUUUUGGUUCCAAGAAAGUUGUCGUGUUGGCGGGAUACAAAACAGUCAAACAAGCUCUUGUAAACUAUGCUGAGGAGUUUGGGGAGAGAGAAAUUAAUCAAGUUUUUAAGUUUGCUGAGAAUCAUGGUAUCCUGUUUUCCAAUGGUGAGAACUGGAAGGAGAUGCGACGCUUUGCCCUGUCCAACCUCCGUGACUUUGGAAUGGGCAAAAAAGACAGCGAGGAAAAGAUCAUUGAGGAAAUCCAAUACCUUAAAGAAGUAUUUGAGAGCUUUGAAGGAAAACCAUUUGACACAACUCGACCAAUGAACUAUGCAGUGUCCAACAUCAUCUCAUCCAUUGUGUAUGGAAGCAGAUUUGAAUACAGUGAUCCUCAGUUUAAAGAAAUGGUAAACAGAGCGAAUGAGAACGUCAGACUCGGUGGAUCUGCUUCUAUCAGGGUCUUUAAUAUGAUACCCUGGAUUGGGCCAUUUUUGAAGAGCAGAAGAACACUUCUGUCAAAUGGUGAGAAAAACAGGAAUCAGGUCCGUGAAUUGAUUCGUGGUCUUAAAGAGACGCUCACUCCAGGUGAACGUAGAGGAUUCGUCGACUCCUUCCUCCUUCGCAAACAGAGUGAUGAGGAUUCAGGACUGAAAAACUCUCGCUUCAAUGACAGAAAUCUUGUCACCACAGUGAUAAAUCUCUUUGUUGCUGGUACUGACACCACUAGUACAACACUGCGCUGGGGGAUGCUGCUAAUGGCCAAGUACCCACAUAUACAGGAUCUGGUCCAGAACGAGAUUGACAAAACGAUUGAAGGUCGUCAGCCAGUAGUGGAAGACAGGAAGAACUUGCCUUACACAGAUGCGGUGGUCCAUGAAAUUCAGAGACUGUCUAAUAUUGUACCCAUGAGUCUUCCUCAUACUACCAGUUGUGAUGUGCACUUCAAUGGCUUCUUCAUCAAGAAGGGCACGACGGUGUACCCUCUGUUGACGUCUGUAUUGAGGGAUGAGAACGAGUGGGAGAGUCCGCACACCUUCAACCCACAACACUUCCUUGAUAAACAGGGUCGGUUUGUGAAAAAGGACGCCUUCAUGCCCUUUUCUGCAGGACGCAGAAUAUGUCUGGGAGAGAGUCUGGCCAAGAUGGAACUCUUCCUUUUCUUUGCCUCAUUAAUGCAGCACUUCCGUUUCACGCCUCCACCGGGCGUGUCCGAAGAUCAGCUGGACCUCACAGGUGUGGUAGGGAUCACACUGAACCCUUCCCCCCACACGCUUUGCGCAGUGAAACGAACCUAAUCGGCAAAAGAUGAAAAAAUCAGCGUUAUAGGACAAACAUAGUUUCAUAGAUGGAUGAAACUGUUUUUAAAUCGUGUAUGUUGUACAUUUUGAAAUGCUAAACAAAAAUACUACUGUACUGCAUUUCUUUUUCUAUGGACUGAAUUAUACCUCAAUGCAUUAUAAGACGUUUACUCAUGCACUAAUAAAUAAUGUUACAUUAAAGUGAAAAUGUCCUUAAACUCUCAAAAAUACAAAAUACAAUAAUGUUGUGACAUCAUGUUGGAUAUUAGUAUCAAAAUGACACCAGUUUUUUAAAAUGUAAUUUCUAUAAUUUCAUAUAACUGUUCACACUUUGCCAUGUAGAUUUGUUUUUGUAAUUCCUAUCGCUCCACUUUGUGUAUAUUUUGAGGUCUGUGCAAACUUGUUUGUGUUUUUUAUGUAAUAUUGAACAUAUAUAAACUAUAUAAUCAUAAUGACUGUAAGUAUGAAAGCAUCUGACCAAUAGAUUGUUUCCAAACUAUGGACAAUAAUACUGUAAUAAAUGUAACGGCUUUCACUUCUCUGGAAAGGCUUUCUACAUAA